AUGUGCUACUGCAUUCGUUGCGAGAUUGACGGGUGCUUGGUUCUCGGACACCGCCAAGGUUUGUGUGUUUUUGAGUUUGGCGGGUCUUUUCGAGUCGCGAGGUCUAUGGAAAGCGAUGAAGUGCGUUCCGAACUUGUGGAGCUGGAACCGAUCUCCAACCCCAAAGACUGGGAAUUGGUUGCGCGGCAUGCAAAUGAAUAUAUGUUCCAAGAAGAAUUGGGGCACUCGAAACUUUACUUUUACGAUGGUGAAGAAUGCUCCCGUCAUUUCCGGGAUGAGAUUUAUCUGCCAACCUUACGAACUCCGUCUGGGACGCAAGAACACUAACUCGCUGCGCAGAUUUACGAGAAGAGCUUUGAGUAUUAUUGGAAGUCGUGGGAAACAGCUGAAGAUACAAUGGUGGAAGUUCCUCGACAAUUUUUGCCCAAAGACAUCUACCGUUUCUCGUUACUAUAUGAUCUGGCCUAUGCUGUGAAGCAAACGUUUAAGCCUUGAAAUCUUAUUGUUAUGCUCGCCUCGCUCGGCGAAGGUUUAAAGGCGAUGGUUGUUGUUUUCAUCAAAAGGUCCUCUGUGCUACUUCUAUAUUCUUGCAUCACUUCGCGAAGGCCCGAUGUCCAGAGAAUGCUCCUUACACCGAUACAGGUGCUGAAGUUCUUGAAGCUGGUCACAAAAUUGGAGCCUGGUGAAAGCAAUAUGAAGUGGGAUCGGGUCGCGAGGAAAAUAAAUACCUUUCUUGAUGACACGGGCGGUUUGCAAGCGAUAGCACAUUUUUUCGACGGGAACAAAUGCCGCGCCAAAUUCCAAUUAGUAUUGGCAGAAAUACUUCCUCAUGGCAGUGCGAAGAGGAUGUUAUACCCGGAACCUGUUAACUUUGCAAGCGAAAUGAAA